AUGGCUGAUGGUGUGGAGUGGAGAUCAUGGAAGUAUGGUUACUCUGCAAGAAGAGCUGAGAUGAAGCUUAGGGAAGAAAACCUUUAAAGAGUAUUUUUUCUUGGUUUCUUUUACAGGGGUGAUAACUUAGGGUUUGUUGUCAUUCUCAAUUUAUUGUAUCGUGAAACAAAUUUGUAACACAGUGUAACAGACUGUUUUUUUUGUAUGGUAUUAAACAAGGGCGGAUUUUAGGGUGGGCCCAGGGGGUCCCGUCCCCGCCCCCUUUCGUCCGGUAAUUUCUUUUUCUUUUGUAAACGUGUGUAAGAUGGUACUACGAGCUUUGUUACUUAAAUAUAUUUUCUUUAAUAAACAUUGUUAAUAAGAAAAUAAUUUGUGUUCGAAGCCUACAUUUUAAUUUAGUCGCAAAUGACAAAGGUUCCCAGAAUGCUUGCAGUAAAUAUCAACCUCAAACAAACUGGACUUGGCAAUUUUUCAGGGAAGACAAUGUUGCCGUCUUUGCCAGGAGGUUGUGCUUUCGCCGCAAUCGCUUCGGCCCCUGGUAGCAUCAUAAAGUGUUAAUUACUUCUUUGACCACAACCACACCUGUGGUUUUUUUUAAAUAUUUCAGCAUUACAUGUUCAAUAUGGAAUCCCGGGUAUGUAAUCCAGGCAUUUUAAAUUUAAGCGUCCAGAAUGUACUCGAUUGCAUUUCAGAGAACGUUUUAAUCUCAAAGAUUUUCCCGGGGGAGCGUGCGCCCGAAACUCCCUACAAAAGCACGCCGUUCGCAGUUCUGAUGGGCGCUAUCUUGCCAUAUUGCCACUGUAUAUUAUAUCUCUAGGCCCCCUCUAUCACAAAAUCCUCCGUCCGCCCCUGCUAAACCUGGACAUAGUACAGUGGGAAUCUUUUCUUAUCAGCCUUUCUUAUUGGUUUUGAGUAGAGACCACGGCUACUCUGUAAGGAGAGCUGAGAUGAAGAUUAGGUUAGAAAACCUUAAGAGACUAUUUUCUUUUUGCCGCGGGGUCAGUGAAAAGUCAAGGUAUUUUGUCCAUCAGAGGCUUUACCAUUUACGUGGGCAAACUGGUCGGAUCACCGUUUGGGCAAAUGGUAAGCAAAAUUCAGGACUGCAUGGUAAGUUUUCUUUCGGAAUUUGGUGUACCAUUUGCACAAAUCAAUUCUAUUAACCGAAAAACGGCUGCAAAGAGCUGAAACUGGUAUCAAAGAUGGCUUGAAGAAACGGAGCACGAAUUUCUGUUUGGAACAUUCCGACCGGGAAAACAGGACACAUUUUGAGAUGUUCUGUCGCUCCCGGAAAUUUGAAAAAUCGUGUAUAAGUUUCUUUCCAACCCGAUUUUCCAGCAACUUUAAAUUAAAUGGUAAACAACCACAAUUUACAACACAGUGAGACAAAUUUGUAACACAAUGUAAUAGAUGAAUAGACUAUUUGUUUUGUUUGUUGACCCGGAAGUAAUGAAAUUAGCACUCCAUGAAAUUAAAAUAUUGGCAAUAAACGCGACUUUUAUAUCAUCAACGACUUUUUAAACAUGUACAUUACAUUUUAAAAUGUAAUGUACAUGUGUAUUACAGAAAAAAAACAGAAGUAUCCUCAGAGUCAAAUAGUUAUUUUCUCAAACCCAGGGACCCACAACGAUUUUUUUUUCACAAGUUAAGUGAUCAAUAUAUACGAGAAGAAAAAAUAUCGUUUCUUCCAGCCUGCUGGUGAGAUGCUUAUUUAGGAAGGGAGGGGGCAAGGUGGAAAAUCCUCCUCCCCUGCUCCUCCAUUAUCCGGCGCACGAUUUCCCAUUUUUUUGAACUCCUGCCACGCAUUCACAGCUAUUUUACCCAUAAAAACAUCAUUUUUGGGUUGUUCACAGUCCUGUUCCCGUCUGCAGAGCCCUUUUUCUGUCAUAUAGUGUUUACGAACAAAGACGCGAGUGGAGGUACACGUGCAGCGAUCCCCGAAGGGCUUCCGUAGCCUGCGUGCAAAAGUCUCUUAGAUACUUGAUAUAUAUUUCCUUCGCCGGUCAUGGAAAAACCCCUUUUCCGUAAGUAACAAAGGAAACAGGAGAUGUCUGCAAGUAUCACGAACUUGCUACUCAUCUGAUAGUUAAAGCAAUUAUAGAAGAUAAAAAGAGAAACAUUUACCUUAGCACGAACCUUGGACUGAAUCUUUUUAUCUUCCUUAUGAUUGGUUUAACCCACUGUAAACUAACAGCUGGUGAUUCUGACAGCAGGCAAAAAGCAAAAGCUGUUCAAGCAAACAAACUAAACAUAGCAAAGCAAGAGUUUUACUCAAAAGCACUAUGGUUCAUUUUACCUCCUUCGUGCUCUUUGUUUCGAUUUUGCUGUCGAUCAUUUCGAUCACAGCCCAGACACAGAAUCAGUUAGGUUCAAAAGGAACUCAGCAAUGUACAAUCAACAACAACUUCUACGCUGGAUCGAAUAAGAAGGUCGAAACUGUUAUGUUUGAGAUGAAGAAGCAACUUGAUGAAAUUCAGAAGGAACUUAGAAACUUGACGCAGAAAACAACGAAAGAAAACAAGACUAAAGGUAGCUAUCUGGAUUCGUUGCUUACGUUAUAUAAUUUCAGUCUGUGAAUCAAAUUUAAAUACAACGUACCUACAUUGGGUUAUCGUAGAAAAAAGUCUUGGUCCCAAAGAUAUCACAGUUGACAUUGCACUUGAGAAAGGGUUUGUAAUUUCUUAUCCUUAGGCCUAUUUUUUGAUAAAAUAUCUCUAAAUUAUUCUCACCUGAUAACUGUUUUUGCCUAAAACUCAUCCUCCAUAAAUAUUGAAAACUGAUGCCUUGUUAUUAUUUUUCAAAAUUUGCUUCAAAGAUUUUCUCUCCCAGUCCAACCACAAAAGCUGAAAUAAAACUGAAAAGUCCUUGCUUAAGUUGAUAACUGGCGGCAGGGGUCUUUUUGCGCACAAAAUAAAGGAAAGCAAAUUAUCACAUAGUCUGCUAGGCCAUUAGUUUUUGCUGGACACUAAUUUGAAUUCUUCAUUUUCCUUUAAUUAAAUCUUCUUCUCACUGUCCCUAAGAAAUCCAUUAUCACAAAAACUGUGCUGACGUGUACAAGUCAGGUGACAGGAUCAGCGGUGUGUACACAAUCGACCCUGAUGGCUCAGGCGCCUUUGACGUGUACUGUGAUCAUAGUGCCCCCGGUGGGGGGUGGACAGUGUUCCAAAAGAGACUGGACGGCUCGGUUGAUUUCUACCGCGGCUGGAAUGAUUACAAGCUUGGCUUUGGUAACCUGAAUGGCGAGUUUUGGUUGGGGCUGGAUAAGAUUCAUCGGCUGACCAAGAGUGAACGUUGCAAACUUCGUGUGGAUCUCGAAGACACCGCGGGAAAGACAGCCUAUGCCGAGUAUGACAUGUUUGCUGUAACAAGCGAGAGAACCAAGUACCAGUUAGGAAUUGGAACUUAUUCAGGUAUGUAGGCGUAUCAUCUAAACAGGUCUAGAAAAGGUUAUUGCCCAAUCGCGCCCGCCCCCUGUUUUUUUUUUUGGCUAGGAAAAAAUUUUCUCGAUGGUAAGCAGUUUGCGAGAGUGAUUAUCCAAAAAAAAGUGUAGAGGUAAAGGUGUUCAUGUAAUUGUAGCGAGGCCCACAGUACACACAAACAAGCAACCAUGUAAGACUGUGAAGAUUGUCGGUUGUUAUUUUUCCAAGUUUCUUAAUUUACGGCUUCGUCGAUGCAGAUCAUGAUCACAGAGUCUUAAGUACUUUUUUGCCUAACAAGUAAUUCAACUGUGUGGCGAUUUGUCUGUAGGAACAGCUGGGGAUUCUUUGACCUAUCACAGGGGCCACCCUUUUUCGACCAAAGAUCAGGAUAACGACAACUGGUCCAAACACUGUGCGCAGAACUUUAAAGGGGCUUGGUGGCACGACAGUUGUCUCUAUUCCAAUCUAAACGGCCCUUACCAUCAUGGAAAAAUUUCAACUUCAUACAUAGGUGUGAUCUGGUAUCACUGGAAAGGAGCUGACUACUCUUUGAAGAGAGCUGAAAUGAAAAUCAGGCCGGAAAAGUUCUAGGAAAGCCUUUUUACUAAGCCCGUAUAGUAGUGCACUAAAAAAAGUCUUGAGGACACACGAAAAGUUUCCAAAUUAAACCUUUGCUGAGCUAAUUAUAGAGUGAUAAUAUUUUUUUGUGAUUAAGUGUAAGGAAAUGUUUUUUUUUUCCCUAAUGAACUCAACAAAUUUUUAUAGAGUGGAACCCCUUUUUAAUUUGUUAACACCGCCGUUGGACAGGAAAUUUUGAUCGCGGGUUGGUCAGCGUAUCAAAACCAGUUAGCGGUGAUGAUACUUCUCAUUUCUAAGGAAUGAGGUCAAUGAGACUGGAUGACAAAUAAUAAAAUGUUUUUCUAACCAUCAUUCUGCUGAUUUGAAAAUUAUUAUUUAUCAAUCACACACUCAACAAUAAAAUAAAUAAAUAAAUAAAUAAAGAUUUAUUAACUGUCAGUUUGAUUGGUUUUCUCACUUAUGUAGUCAGUCACGCCAGCCGGACAUUAGACUAACGGAAUUCAUUAAAAGAAUACUCCAAUACGACUGGUACUUCUUUCGUAUAUAUACCUAUGAUCCACCGAUUCAUGACAUCACAUUCGGUUGCAAAGCUGGCGCGAAGCAGCAAGAUGGACGCCCGAUGCUAUUUGGUUUUUUCAUUACUUUCAUCCAGGGGCUAAAGGGCAUUUUAUUCUUUCCUGAAUUCCGAGGAUGUUGAGAAGAUAUGUUGCCGGCUUUUUAAGCAAAUGUCAUUACCAAACAAAAGACACUUAGUGUUAUUUUUACGAUAGGCUUAAAUAGCAUGCAGAUGCGAGGAAUAUCAUGGCGAGUCUUUUGCUGUUCUCAAACGGUUAGCAAGAAUUUGAUCCCAUCGGCCUAAACCCCCUUUGGACACCUUAUGAAGUUUACACAACCUAGAAUUCCUUAUAUUAUCACUUCUGUUUCGAGCACUGGCAACAGUGCUAAUUAGGGUUAAGCACUUAAAAUAGCGAUUAGGGUUAAAAAAAAAUGCGGUGCCAACUUUCCUUACUUGCAGCCAAUGGCUGAAUUGUGGAGGAACCAGAGAGGCGAGAUCGGACGUCAGCAUAUAAAGGCGCACUCUUGCAGCCACUUCAGUUUAUGUUUUGAUCACACCUUGCCCACCCAGACCAAUGACGGCACAAGUCAGAUAGACAUCGGGGCCUACGUCCCCUAAUCUUUUCGAACAAUGUCACGGGUUCUUUUACGUCCGCUUCCAACUGGAGUACUAGGACCGGAAGGAGACAAGGCCAACGGCUUAACAUCACUGCCUAAUGACGCAACCAUUGUAGUACCAGUCGUAUUGGGUUUGAACUCACGACCUCCCGCUCAGCAGACCGACCUUCUUCCAACUGAGCUAACCACUGACUGUGCUGAUUAGGGUUAAGCCCUGAAAAUAGUGAUUAGGGUUAUUACCCGGGGGGGUACUCGCAGAAAAAUUGGGUAGGGGUGUGCGGCCCGCUUCCCAAAACCCUUACCCUAUUUAUGACCAAAAUCUGCGAUUUUCCCUACCCUAUUUAUGACCUAACCAAAAAUUUGAGACCCUAUUUUGUGAAGGGCUUUUUUUGCUUGUAUUUUCUAGCCUACAAAGCACCCGGUGGAGAGGAAGGCAAAGCGCGGAUGAAAGGAGGGGGACAUGAUAAGGAAGUAGCUUCUUCUAAAAAAGUGCAUUCAAGACUACAGUGCAAAAAUCGUUACCCUAUUUAUGACCAAAAUGGCGGCAAAAUAGCCAAAAUGGAUACCCAAUUUAUGACCAAAACGGCUGAAAAACCCUACCCUUUGGGGCCGCACAUACCUAUAUAGCCCAUAUUAGGGAGUACCCCCCCCGGGGGUUAUUAGCAUCGACUCCAAACGGUUAGCUUCUAUUUAGGGUCAGGGUUGUUGCUACAUAUACCUUCAAAUCAAACCUAUUCUUGCCAGCAAAUCCUCAGUGGCGUAGUGGUAUAGGUGAUGGACUGUAAGUCUUUUGCUGCUCAGUAAAACGAGGGUCCGUUCAAGAAUUUGGCUUUUGUGAUUUCUAAUUUACCGAAAUCAUUAAUCAAAAUAGCCUAUCAUGAGCGGAAUAGAAUGGAGAAGAAUCCGGUGGUCACAGUUUAAAGCGUUAACAGCCAGAUGCCUUUAUCACUCAACGUAAAGGUGCUGAAAGCUCUAUUAAACUGUACGGUUUGAGCAAUAGAGAGUUUAAGCUUCACAUAUAAGGCAAACGGCAGACGUCAGAUUCAAGUUGAGAAGAUAAAAACAGCUCAAAAUAAUUCUUGGCUUUUGCGUUUUCAGAUUUACCGAAAUCAUCAAUGCAAAUAGCCUAUCCUGAGUGAAAUAGAACGGAGAAGAAGCAGAUAGUCACAGUUUAAAUUGUUAACCGCUUGAAGGUUUUAUCACUCGACAUAAAGUUUAUGGAAAGCUCUACGUGCUUAACUGAUUUCGAAACCUACGUUGCGCGUUGCGUGCUUCUGGAAAAGUUAGUGUUGCUUCUUUGCAUUUAAUUUGCCUUUGAAGAUUUAUGUUGAGGACUGAGCCUUUAUACCAAAAAGUAAUCCAAUUAAAAAUCAUAUCUGAGAGAAAUCAGGAAAGUUUGUGCUCUGUAUUUAUUCCAAGAUUGCACGUGUACACACCUGAAAAGAAACCCUUAUCCUCACAUCUGGUCAUAAAACAGCCCGGUUUAGAGCAGUGAAGUUCUGGAAUCUGGAGGGAUCAUCAGAGCUGUAAUAUGAGACUCAAAAAGAGUUCUAGAUACUUUAGAACAUGUUAGCAGAAAUGUACAUACAAGUUUUCCUGCAGCAGAUCAGAACACAUAUGUUCGCUUGGUAACAAAAGAGGAUAAAGGGGACAGAGAAGGCAUCCCCCAUACACACCCUAUUCCAUAGGUAACUCGUCUCGAGUUAUUUUUAAGACCAUAGAUCCCAAGGGGGAUUAGAUAACAGCCAAUCACAUAGCGCGAAUGUCUUCCGCGUGGAUGACUCACUCUCAGAGCCACGCGUCCUUCACGAAUUGACGCAGAAAAAAAUGGCGAAAGACGCGGAGAGCGAUAUUGCUAUUUGUUUUGUCGACGAAAACGACUAAAGAGAGAAUUCUGCUAAAGCUGUGUCAGCGAAACGGAAAUUAAAAAAGAUCGCCCUUCCUCUCUUGUAUAGAGCUAACAGUACAGCAGGGAAAUCUUAACACAGUGAAUAUUCUCUCAGGAUCACUUAUAAUUUACAGUUUGAAGAGAGCAAUUUCUGGUUUGAUAUUUAUUCUUUUAUUAGUCUUUUAUUAUUCAACAAAAAUAACGCUUGGCUUCCUACUUGCUUUAUUGUACAAACGACCGGUUUCAAUAGACCGGCGAAAUUGAUGUAAAUUGGUAUGGAUUAUUAAUAACUUUCAUUGGGUCAUACAUAAUGCUGUACUGCACUUUUAAAAACUAAAAAUACUUUAUCUCACAAUUAUCUAAGGUAUGAAAAGUGAAUUUUGUGUAUUUUUGAAGACUUGAAUAUCUAGGACCUUUUGCGUCCAACAGUUUUUUCUUCGAUCAAAAACGAUCUCCAAAGUAGCUAUUUUAAAAACUAAGAGUGCUACCAUGGCUUUUUUCUCUUCUCCUCCUUUCCUUCUCCCAGCUUUUUUUUUCUCCUUUCCUUUUCCUUUGUUACUAUGAUUUUGGAGCUUCUCGGGCUUAAGAAACAUGCCUAAUUUUACGCCUUUUCACUCAAAUGACUGAAAAUUUCGUUAGGUUGGCAUUCAAAAAAUCGGUUAGAUAUACAUUUAGAUUUACAAAACUUUACAAGUCCUAAAUCUGGUCCUCAGACCAUAAAUUAAAUGGUAAACAUAGUACCACAAUUUAUAACACGGUGAAACAAAUUUGCCCACAAUGUAAUAGACUAUUUGUUUUGUAUGGUGGCCCGGACGUAAUGAAAUUAACGCUCCAUGAAAUUAAGGUAUGGGAAAUAAACGCGACUUAAAUAUCAUCAACAGACUUAAAUAUAAAAAAAAUAAAAGUGUCCUCGGAGUGAAAUACAGUCGGAUCUCCACACUUAAUGGCCAUCUCUCUACCACGGCCACUUUUUUGGCGGACAGUCCACACACUGACUCUUGUUUAAACCUCUAAAACGGCCACUUUUUUCUGUCCCCAAGGUGGCCGUUGUGAAAAGGUUCAACUGUAGCUGUCUUCUAGAACAAGGAGCCCUUGAUUGGCUCCUACUCGAACCCCAUUCUCGUCCCCAGAGCUCGUCGUUUCUUUUGGGCACAUGGUCUUGAAACGAGGAACUCGCCACUGGUCCGUUACAAAUUAAGCCGAGUCGCCCUAAGGACGAGAAUGGCUCGAACCCAUGGACUGUCAACGCUAUUUUUAAAAGGUAAGUGAUCGAAUGAAGGUUGAGAACAGAGGAAAAAUGCGCAAAAACGUGUACAUGCACCAAUCCCCGAGGGCUUCUGUAGCUUGCGAGCACACUUCUCCUAUAUGUUUGAUAUACGUUUCCUUUACUGCUCUUUCGGUAAGCAACAAAGGAAGUAGGAGAUGUCCGCACGCAUGGCGAACGUGCUGUAACUCUGGUGAUAGCUAAAGCAAUUAUAGUGAAGAUAAAAAACGAAGCAUUUUCCUCAGGACGACCCUUAAUCAUGAAUUAAGUCUAAGUUCCGGCGAACCUUGAACUGAAUCUUUCAUUAUCUUCCUUAUGAUUGGUUUAAACCACUGUAAACUAAUAGCUGGUGAUUCAGACAGCAGGAAAAAGCAAGGACUUUCAACGAAACAUAAUAAACGUAGUAGAGCGAGAGUUGUACUCACAAGCACCAUGAUUCAUUUGAUCUCCUUCGUGUUCUUUGUUUCGAUUUUGCUGUCGAUCGAUUCGAUCGCAGCCCAAACACAGAAUCAGUUAGGUUCAAAAGGUGCCCAGCAGUGUACAAUCAAUAACAACUUCUACGCCGGACCGAAUAAGAAAGUCGAAACUAUGAUGUUUGAGAUGAAGAAGCAACUAGAUGAAAUUCAGAAGGAGCUUAGGAACUUAACGCAGAAAACAAAGAAAGAAAACAAGACUAAAGGUAGCUAUCUAGAUUUGUUGCUUAUUUUAUAUCAUUUCAGUCUGCAAAUGAAAUUGAAAAACAACGUACCUACAUUGGGUUGUUGUAAAAUAAUGAUCCUUCUUAAUACGAACACCUCUCUAUCAUAAAGGCAGUUGUCUUCUCCCAAGGAUAUCAAAGUUGACUUUGCCGUUGAGAAAGGUCUUGUGAUUUCUUAUCUUUUACCCAUUUAUGAUAAAAUAUCUCUAAAUUAUUCUUAACGUGACUAUUGCCUAGGCUGCCUAAAACUCAUAACCCAUUCAGUAAGAGGGACAAAGUUUAUGUCUUGAAAAUGGCGUACGUAUAGUUACGACUAAGAACGGAAAGCGCAAAAAACUCAGUCAAGCUUGUUAUUUUUCAAAAAUUAUUACUUUAAUCAUGCAGAGUCUGUUUCUCCCAGCCCGACCGCAAAAGCGGAAACGGAACUACUGCGCCAGCUUAAGUUUAUUAUGGGCUUUUGAUCAGUUGACGCAUAUGAUAAAUAAAAUGAAGUUUUUUACGUGCAUUGUCAACUCCCGCGGUUGGGGAGUAGGGGUACUCCCCAUAAUGGCCUAUGCGGGGAGGCUCCGCACAAAGGGGUACCAUUUUCAAGCCUCAGUAAAUGGAAGGGUAUGGAUCUCACUAGUUGAAGCAUAUGAAACGGCAUGGAAAUCUAUCAUUUCGGACUGUAAAAAGACCCAGAAGGGUAACAGAUGCAUUUUAUCAUGGCUGUGAAAAAGUCGAGAAAACGGACUGGUUUUGAGAUAUAUUCACAUUUUAAAGACAGUACAUUUAAAGCAGUUAAAAGGGAUUCAAGGUUCUAAACUAAGUGGGUAAAAGAGGUACCAUUUGUCAAUAGAGGGUAUUCGAAAAGGGUACAUUUUCUGUCAAAAAUGGUAUAUAAAAGGGUAAGGGAUUGGACCUCGGGGUGGAGCCUCAAAGGUAUAAAACUUUCUUGAGUACCCCCCGGAAGUCAGGUCGGAUAAGGUUCUGUUUGACACUAAAUUAAAUUCUUCUUUCUCCUUUCCUUCUUGUUACUGUCCCUUAGCGAUCCAUUAUCGCAAAAACUGUGCUGACGUGUACAAGUCAGGUGACAGGAUCAGCGGUGUGUACACAAUCGACCCAGAUGGUUCAGGGGCCUUUGACGUGUACUGUGAUCAUAGUGCCCCCGGUGGGGGGUGGACAGUGUUCCAAAAGAGACUGGACGGCUCGGUUGAUUUCUAUCGCGGCUGGAAUGAUUACAAGCGUGGCUUUGGUAACCUGAAUGGCGAGUUUUGGUUGGGGCUGGAUAAGAUUUAUCGGCUGACCAAGAGUGAACGUUGCAAACUUCGCGUGGAUCUCGAAGACACCGCGGGAAAGACAGCCUGGGCCGAGUAUGACAUGUUUGCUGUAACAAACGAGAGAACCAAGUACCAGUUAGGAAUUGGAACUUAUUCAGGUUUGUACGCAUUAUCUGAACAACUUUUCAUUAACCAAUGUAUAAUUUUAGAAUUCAAGCACUUAUAUUAGAGAAGAGGAAAUUAUAAGUACGUGCGUGUGCACCAUUGAUCCUUGCUCGAUUUAGCACAUGAUAAUAGAUGCGGUCACACCCUAGCGAUUUUACCCAUGGACUAUGAAUGUUUUUCGUUAAACACCGCAAACAUGAAAGUGAUAAAAACCCAGAGGGACAACAACCCAAGUUAUUUCUCCCUGGGGAGCGUUGCGGAAGACGUGUAGUAUGACCGCGCCUAAUUGUCACUGAGUCUUGUGCUAGUCCAAACAUCGAACAUUUUUUAAUAGGAACCAAACUUAGAGAGUUAAGUUCACGAGAAGUUCGACGUCUGGCUCAGUCAAGUUCGCCUCAAUGAGUUUGGAUCGUCCAACACAUUCCAUCCGUCUCUAGGACAAACGUUGAUCUUUGCAACCGAGGAAGUAAACUGAUAAAUUAAAAAUUUGUGAGGUAAUGUAUAUUUAGCCUCGUUCGGGACAAAAAGUUAUUAAGUUUGAUUUCUGGUCUGAUUCAGUUGACUGAUUCGACGCGUCCUUAGUUGGACGUCUGACCCAACAGACGAUCUUAACUGAAUUAAGGUUGACCCAAAUUAGAGUUUGCUUCGUUUCAUGAAAAGUUCGACGUUUGGCUUAGGCCUUAACUGCUUUUUAUGCUUAACUAGUAAUUCAGCUUUGUGGCGAUUUGUCUGUAGGAACAGCUGGGGAUUCUUUGACCUAUCAUAGAGGUUGGCCAUUUUCAACCAAAGAUCAGGAUAAUGAUAACUGGGGCAAACACUGUGCCCAACAGUUUAAAGGAGCUUGGUGGCACGAAAGUUGUCUCUAUUCCAAUCUAAAAAAAACGGCCCGUACUAUCAUGGAAAAAUCUCAGGCAAAACUUCAUACGUAG